AUGUGGCAGCGGCAGCAGCAGCAGCAGCACCAGCAAAACGGAGACGACGACAUAUGCAGUAACAACGAAAACAACGUCAGCAGAAGCAACAGCCGGAAUAUACGCUUUCAAGGAUUGUGCAACGCACGAACAAACGAUCGAAUGCAACUUGUUCCGGAGGAAGGCUUUCGAGAAUUUACCGCUGCUGGUGUAGCGGAAUGUGCUGCUGAAUCAAAAGCCAUCAGCGAUGAACCAACGUUUUUCCAUGGUGGAGGAUGCUCGCAGCUAGAUCUUUUCCUAACCAACAGAAACGAGAAGGUCUUGCGAUUUGGACAAGUCAGCUUUCCUGGGUUAUCACAACAUGAUUUGAUUUUUGUGUCAGUCGAUUUUGUCGUUACACGGUCCUCCAGUUUGCGUACUUAUCGAGACUACGCCAAUUUUGAUCCUCAUAUCUUAGAAAGCGAAAUCCUGACUAUCCCCUGGAACCAGUUCUACGCGAUGGAAAACCCGAACGUUUCCAUGGAAUUUUUCAACGAACACAUUAAAAGAGUGCAUGAUUUGUGCAUCCCUCUUCGUGCUAGUACCAAUCGCCGUCGCUAUAAUACGUGGUUCACGGACAGUGUACGUCAGUCCCUGCUUGAGCGUGACUUAGCGUACAAGGAUUGGCUGCAAGCUCCAACGUAUUUGAAAGACAUGAAGCGGCAUCACUACAAGGCACUGCGAAAUCGCGCUAACACGAAAAUCACUCGAGCCAAGCAGGAGUAUCUGAAUCGUUUUUUGAACUGCAGCACUCCGUCGAAAACCUUAUGGCAACGGUUAAAGAGUCUUGGAGUCGGUAAGGAUAAACACUCUGGGUCAUGUGAUUUCGAUCCAGAUGAUGUAAAUCGUGCUUUCUCAGCCAACUUUACAAACAGUUCCCGCCGGGGAGAAACACCCGUAAGCUCCGAAUUAGGAUCACCAUACAGUUUCUGUUUUCAACCAGUGCACGACUGGGAAGUCGUCAACGCCAUCUGUGACAUCAAGUCGAACGCCGUCGGAAUGGACGGCUUGCCCAUUAAGUUUGUGAAGAUCAUCCUACCGCUAGUCGUGCAACACAUUACAUAUUUGUUUAAUAUGUUUAUCGAGGGCUCCACAUUUCCUGACUCUUGGAAACACGCAAAAGUUUUACCAUUGAAGAAAAAGGCUCGUUUGAACGACAUCAGUAAUCUUCGACCUAUCAGCAUACUUUGUGCGUUGUCGAAGGCUUUUGAGAAGCUUCUUAAACAGCAAAUGACGUUCUACAUAGAAGGUAAUGGCUUGCUAACGGACUAUCAGGCUGGCUUUCGUCGGGGACAUAGCAUCAAAACCGCAGCUCUUCGAGUGUAUGACGAUUUAGCAUCCAUUGUCGAUAAAAAAGGUUCCGGUAUAUUGCUACUGCUCGAUUUCUCAAAGGCUUUUGAUACAAUUCCGCACAGUAAGCUACUGACCAAGCUGAGUGCUCAGUUCAACUUUUCCUCCGCUGCCGUGAGUCUGAUGAAAUCGUACCUGCUUGGAAGACAACAGUAG